AUGACGGAGGACUUUCCCCAGCGGCAGGCGCGAGUCCCCACGGGCAGAACCACCACCACUUCCGGCCUGCCGCCCUCGACGACGACAACGACUACUAUUGCUACGACUUCUACUACUUCGUCUACUACUUCGAUUAUCAACACCCACGACAACUCUCUCUUCUCCUCGCCCACUACCGCUACUGCUACGGCUAUUGCUUUCGCUAACCCGACAGCUCCAGCUCCUUUCCCCCUCACCACCACUACUUUCCACUCUCGAUCUCGAUCCCGGUCGCAGCCUCACGCCCCCUCCUCCUCCCUCCUUCCGCUCACUCUUCUGUCCUCCCACCCCUCCUCCACCUUAGACCGUCGGCCAGUCCGUGCUCACGAGGGAGGUUUCGUGCAUCCCGCCUCCUUUCUCCGGCCGCGAGGUUUAUCGCAACCAAUGCCCCCAGCCCAGCCCGAGAGGGCCAUCGAUCGGGAAGAGCGUCAGGGCCUUCGUGCCAUCCGCAACUUCCUCAAAGUCCGUACCAGUUACGAUGUCCUUCCUCUUAGUUUCCGACUCAUAAUUUUCGACACGGCGUUGUCCGUCAAGGAGAGCUUGAAUAUCCUCAUUCAGAAUGGCAGGUGUAUUGUCUCGGCGCCGUUAUGGGAUUCCAAAGCAUCGAAAUUUGCCGGACUUUUGACCACUUCCGACUAUAUCAACGUCAUUCAAUACUACUUCCAGAACCCAGCUGCACUGAACCAGAUUGACCAAUUUCGGCUCGACAACCUCCGAGAGGUGGAAAAGGCGCUAGGCGUUGCCCCUCCCGAGACGAUAUCGAUUGACCCCGAACGACCUUUAUAUGAAGCCUGUCGACGCAUGUUGGAAUCGCGGGCUCGCCGUAUCCCCUUGGUCACAUAUGAUAGUCAGACGGACCGAUCCCUCGUUCUUAGUGUCGUCACUCAGUAUCGCAUUCUCAAGUUCGUCGCGGUCAAUGUUCCGGACACCCAAAAGCUGCGCAAGCCGCUUGGUGAGAUCUUGCUGGGUUCGUACCAGAAUGUAGCGACGGCAUCCAUGGAUACGCCUGUCAUCGACGUUAUUCACAUCCUGGUCGAACGGAGCAUAUCUAGCGUGCCAAUUGUGAAUUCCGAGGGACUGGUCUACAAUGUCUUCGAAGCUGUUGACGUAAUCACCCUGAUCAAAGGCGGAGUGUAUGAUGAUCUCAGCCUCACAGUGGGCGAGGCGUUGAAAAAGCGAUCUCCGGAUUUCCCGGGCAUUUAUACGUGCUCCCUAAAUGAUGGUCUGGAUACCAUCUUCGACACUAUCCGCAAGUCUCGCGUUCACCGCCUGGUUGUGGUGGAUGAGAACUUUCGGCUUAAGGGCGUCCUGACUCUGAGCGACAUCCUGCAGUAUAUCCUCCUCGAGGGUGAAACUGAUGAGCUAUCAUGA